GUAACGGUGACAGACAUGAGUUGCUUCCGGCCGGCCGAGACAGUUACUGCUAGCAGUACAAAGAAGGGUGAUCUGAUACUCGGUGAGAUCCAGUCACAGAUCAAGAACAAAGGAAUCACUAUAGAUGUGAAGGCCAACUCAGCAUCUAAUGUCAUUACUACAAUUACCGCUGAUGCGUAUGCGGCACCAGGGCCGAAGACCAUCUUCCGCUUUGCUGUUCCUGGUCAAAAAUCUGGAAAGGUCUAGCUCCAGUACUUACAUGAUUAUGCUGGUAUUAAUGCAAGCAUUGGUUUGACUGCUAAUCCUGAAAGCAGCCUCUCUGCUGCACUUGGAACUAACGCUCUAGCUGUUGGUGCUGAUGUCUGAAUCAAAACGGAUGACCCAUCUGUCAGCGCUGGUGUGUUUCCUUGUUUCCCUAUCUCGAUGCAGAAACAACAGGCAUCUCAAGUGUUUGCAACCGUAGUUUCCAGCAAACUGAUAGAAGUAGCUAUCUAGCUAAAGUUACUUGAUACAUGUUGCAGUAGUAGAUAGUACAUGAAUAAAGUUGGCGCUCCCUAGUUAUCUACUCGACUAGACUACAUGGUCAGUUCUGAACUAGUAUUUGUUCAUGGUUUAGUUUUCGUCAGGUUCUCUGUUGGCAUCAUAUCCCACUUAUUACUGACGUACACAUAAAUUACCAUGUUUACUUUAUGAUCACUGCUUUACAUGUUGCUAUAUGUUAGUUAAGAAUAUUCUAACAUUAAUUACCAUCUAUUGUUCUUUAUCUCUCACUGAUGUACAUAUUGCUAGCUGUUUAGAACCAUUCAUUGCUAGUGUAAUACUCUAGUGGUAGUAAUACAUCAUUAUCUCUAGCGCUCGUCAUAUAGAAAAGGUAUCUAGCUCGUCCCUCUAGCACUCGUAAAAGAAAUCCUUGUCGUUCUAGUUUGAUUGCCUGCCAUAAUUAAACCAGAUUCCGCAAGUUAUUGUUCUAGUUUGAUUAUCUGCUGCUCAUAUAGUUAUUGAUGUGGUUUGAUGGUUCUGCCAUAAUUACAACUUUUUGUGUUCUGUUAUAGUAAUAUAUCAUUAUCUCCUCUACACAAUCCUGGACUUGAACUGAAAUGACCUGUAGCAAGGUAUGAGAGCUCAGAGCCAAUUAAUGCUUCUCUGUUGUAGCUGUUGGCAUGAAACUUAACAUGUAACACCACUCAAUGGCAAUGCCAUUGUGUUUUGCACUUUUGUUAGUUUGAAUUUGUAAUCUGCUGCAAUAUUGUAGGCUUGCAAGCUGAUUCUGGACACUUUUCUGUUUACAUGAUGGUGCAUAUUUACUUGAUAGCAUCCUAACUUUUUUGCAGUGAACUGACCAUGCUCAACUCCUGGUUCUUGAUUUUUGAAUGAUAACAAGAUCGUUAUGGAAACUGAUGUAUGGCCACUUAAUGUCCUUGUAAUUUUGCAAACAGUGAUAAUUUCUCUACAUCAAUUUGAUUGCGAUCCCACAAAUUUGAAGUUAUUUGUGUGAACUGGGGUCUCUUGUUUCUAUAAGAUUGUGUUCUUGACUUCUAUUUAGAUGAUAAAGAACAUUCAGUUCCGCCAUUUAGAGCACAUCAAAUUUUCAUAUUAGUUUAUUUUUGAAUGAUUGGCAUUGACUCUGCAGCAUGAUUUCAUUCAUUUUCUAGACUUCAGAGUUCUGCCAUUGAGUUGAUAAUUAUGCUGCCAGGAUACUGCAGCAUGCAGUCACAUUAAAUGUUUCAUUUUUAAUUGGCUAUAUCAUUCACAGUUCUGGUUUUGAAGAUGUCUCCUUUUGAAUGUAGUUAUUGUUAAGAUGGUGCAUUGUUUGUAAUAAUCUUUUAUCAACAAGUAUUUACAUUUUUAAUUGCAAAAAAUGCUAUUGAUUGUGCUUAUAGUUCUGUACUUGAAACAAUAU